AUGGUGAAAUUCAGAACCGUAUCUCUUUCGGCACUCGGGGUGUCGACACACGACAGACUGAGCGACUUCUACACGUCGUCAUGGCAACGGGGAGAGUCUGUGUUACCACUGUUAUUGGUGCGGUUGCUACUCACAUCUUCAGCACUCGCCAUACUUACGUGGUCCCUCGUCGAAGGCGCCAGCCCAUAUUGGUUGAUCUACCUCACUAACUGGGGAUUACUGCUCGUCUCGGCUACAAUGAUCAGCGGUCUUGCCCUAUCAUUUACAUUUCGUUUCAAGAAGCAAAUAGAGACGACAAAUUUACCAUGGUUCGUUAAGUCGUACUGGAUCUUUUUCAACGUAACGGCUGCCAUCUCAAUCAUGAUCACUGCUCUUUACUGGAUAUUAUUAUAUGAUCCAGCUGCACAAGAAAAAUUGGGACUGCGGGCUCUUUGGCUAGACAUAUCGACGCACGGGUUGGCGUCAUGUAUAAUAGUGGUUGAAUUGUUCACCUCACGAACACCCAUCAGACUGGCACACAUCUACCAGCCACUCUUUCUUGGUAUCUGGUAUGCUGCCUUCUCUGGCAUUUACUACGCUGCCGGAGGUACUGACAGAAAUGGCAAUGUAUAUAUUUACGCAGUACUGAACUGGCAAGAACCGAGGUCGACGGCGAUCGUGGUGGCUGGCUCAGUAGUUGCCGUGGUCGUCUUGUAUGUAAUAUUAUGGGGCUUCGCUGUCUUCAGGGACAAGUUAUCUUUGACUUACGUGCGAACUCACAAUCUGCCGAUAACGCCACCGGAUGCAAAGGCCGACCGACAAAUGGUGUGA